CUUUAUUCACUUUUCCGAGGACUUGAUACCGUCUCACAGAAGGUGUUUAUCUUCUGGAAGACUUCGGCAUCAGCAUCAGGCUCAAGAGCCACUGCUUUACUGCGACAUGAUGCGAAAUAAAGAACAAACUUUGCGCGCUGCAACAAGCGUGUGGCUGUGGUUGACACCCCGACACUUCUUACCGCCGCACGAAAUAUUUGAACCAGGUGCAGGAGGUCUCAAUGCCGUCGCUGCGUACCGAGGGGCAGAUGUGCGGUCGAUGGACGUCACAGGAGAUGAAGAAGUAGACUACGAAGCGCAACAAGGGCAAGACCCGUGGCUCGAAGAGGACCAAGCGCGCGAGCACUCACAAGCCGCAAGAAAGGCUGCAGGGCGUGAAGACGAUAAAAGCCACACUGGUACUAGCGCCCCCCUUGAUCAACAGCAGCACAAAAACGAGGAAUUAUUCGGCGAAGUUUCCGGGGAGCUGCGUCAAGCACUGCUCAGACGCAGGGUCAGGGCGGAUUCGACAAACCCGGAAGUAGAGUGUCCUGUAACUACUGGCACACGACGACCAGGAGAUAGCACAACGGACGGCGCAGCUGUCGAUGAAUCUUCAACAGCAUUUUCCUCCUGUAACAAGAAGACCUCCUACUUUUGCUCGUCCCCAUCUGAUGUACAACUCCUAGCUACGCCAACUGCAUCCGGCGACGACGAAGCACACCAUCGUCAGCUCCGCCUCCAGAACUACCCGCACCAAGACGAAAUCACGCCGGAACUACAACUCCGUUUACAAAAACAGCUGGACCGGGCAAGAACUCUAGGACCCCAAACGGGGACGCACAACUGUCUCGCAAAACUGUACGACAAAGACGAGAUCGUGCAGGGUGACCGGCCCAGUGCCAAGGUGGUACUCGGGGAGGAAGCGUCUUCGGAAUUGAAGCAGAAAUUAAACGCGCGGAAAGCGGUGAUGGGAGAAUUGUUGUCGAAUAUUAAGGGGACUAAGGAUAGAAAUGAUGGUGUAGAAGUUGUAGCAAGUGCACGCAGCUGCAAAGAGGAAGAGCAACACAAGGAGGUAGAAGACUCAGAAAUGGUCGAGCAAGAUAGAAAUUCUCGUGCUGUUGAAGAUCAUACAACUUUUUCUCCGCCAGCUCGUCUUCACUUUUCGCUUACACAAGAAGAAGCACGGGCGGAAAUCAUGGAAAAACACACAACUUCUGUUGGUCCACAUACGUCGGCGCUUUCUACUUCUUCUCUUUCAUCGAAGAAACCUCCAGUAGCAGCAGUUUCUCCAACAGCACCGUCUUGUUCUACCGACGUACGGUCGUUGGCUUUGCUGUCCAGAGAUGAUUCUACUCGUAGUAAUCGACUGCAUAAAAACUACUCAGGGAAAGAAACCAGCUCGUCAGAAACGACCACGACGGGGCUUGUUCUCCCGAGUGGGAGAACGAAGGGCCGCUCGGUUUCCUUUCAAAUUCAAACCGUUGAAGAUGCGAAGAAAAGCAGCUCGUCUACUAGUACUCCUGCUGCACGAGAACUUGUAAGCGCGGAGCAUCUGGCCCCUUCUUCACCCUCCACUUCGGAUAUUAAAGGUAGCGCAAGAACCAGCAGUCCAACGAACGCCGUUGCAUUUUCGCCUGACGGUUCCGGUUGCUACCACCUCGUUGACCCUGGGUAUGUGGAAAACGUGAAACGGCAGAUGCACGAUUUGGAAUCCGCGGGCGAACCCUGGACGGAAUUGAUGAAUCUGUUGACGUAUCCUGUGCAAAAGUAUCGUAUUCGUAUAAAUGCAAGUCUUGCAUUACAAAUUUUUUUCUCAAGGUAAAUCCGCAUUACAAAUUUUAAUUCUCAUGCUGAGGGAAUUUGUCAUGCAUUUAUACGAGUGCGAUACUUUUGCAGUCCAUAUUCCGGCUUUCAAACAGGCGGAGCAAUUGCGGAAGAUAAAGGAGUUCGCGACGAUUCCGGAAGAGCACAAAAAGCUGCAAUUUCUCUACAUCGUGCACCGGGAGCGGUUUUCGGAUCUGCGGCUUCAGUUUUUAGACGAAGAGAUGGAGAAAUUGAUCGAAAAAUGCGUCAAGGGCGAAGAGCAGACAGCUGGUGGUUCACGCGCAGUAGACAAGCGAAGACUACAGUUACAAGACGAGGAGCACAUGAUCCUCGGGAAGGAUAGAGAAAAAAAGUGAUCUUUUCUACUUUCUCAAAAGAGAAAGAGUUCAUGAUGUUGUCCGAGUUCGCAUUCGCUUUCUGACGAGGACCUACUUUUCCGGCUCUUCCUUGUGUUGCAGACAUAUCAUAUUAGACGUGCGUUAAUCGGAUAGACCGAUGACUCGAUGAUUUUUGGUUUUUUGGAAAAUUGUCGCAGCGCGUACCGGUGGUCUUUUUGUGCACGACGCCUGACGUGUGCUUUCCACACUGACUUUG